GAAUCUCUCUUGUUAGCGUACUUAUUGCUACCGGACCAAAGAUAUCUUGAUGGGAGGCCCGUAAUGUCAUUCCUUGCAACUAAAUACUAUUUCUGUCGGCUGCCUUGAUGCGUUUUGCUCUCUAGCCAUCAUGUCCUUUGACUCACCAACCGAGGAGCGCAAGUCACUGCUAUCGCCAACUUCAGCUUCAGACUCUGAUGAGCGACUGUACAGAGCUCCCUCGAAAGCCAGUGGCCUGUCCAGGUUUACUCUCUUCUCUAUCGUAGUGUGCAUCAUAUGCACGGGCAUCAAUUUACAUGCAUUCACGUCGUCCUACAAGCCUAGGAUUACACACUACCAGGACCUCGCAACUCUCAGACGUCCGAACCAAUGGAUAGGGCUUGAUCGUGUCCAAAGUCCUCCCGAGCAUGCACCUCCGAUCCUUCUCUAUCCUAAUCUCCUUGCUCAGAUCAACAGCGCUGAGCCUACUCACGUGUACAAGGACGAUCCUGUACGUAUCGCUAACCUGCGCGCGCUCACACCUCCCGAGGACCGUCCUUUCAAAGUGACACCGCAAUUCUCCACCAUUGCAGAGUUCCGUUCCAUUGAUUAUAAGAUGGAGAAUUGCGAGAUCGUUGUCGAUCCUGCUCACCGAGGCGCUGCCGCCCAUGAGCACAGCAAUUUCAAUGCGACACUCGGUGGAGGAGAGAAUGUAAUCGACGUCUGGAGACUCGCUGCACCAUAUUCUAUCGACAGCCGAACGUUGUCUUGGAAGACUAGGCCUUCUCGUGCAGAGAAGGUCGCCACGUUCCAGAUGCAAUACGGAUCGAAGUGGUCACAUAAGUUCUCGUGUCCUACAGACACCCUCCACGUCUUCGAGUUCGGUGCGGCGAACGACGAGACAUACGUCGAGUGGACUCAAGACCAUCGGGAACCGACUCCAGGUGAGUGCACUCGCUUUCACUGUCUUACCAAAUCAAUGUUUGAGCGGACACGUUGGUCAGGCGUGGUCAUGUACCAAAGCUCUUCAUUCACGGAUUAAUCGGGUCCAGCAUUGCAGAUCAUCUUCAUAUGUGUAUUUUGCAAUGAUCUCUUGUUUUCGAUGAUUUUUGUGAAGUUUGUGGUGUCCCCCGAUAGCUUAGAUACAUCGGAUAGCGUCACCCUGGAAGAAUACACUGUUCUUACUCCGAAUGUUCAUUCUCGAAUAUCGUCCUUCCCUUGCCCGAUGUAGAUCCAAAGUGGCUGCCCAGUCGGAUUGCUAUAUAUUGCAUAACGAAAUGCUCGUCUCCUGCAGUCGAUAUCGUGAAGUUAGCAUACACUUCCCCUGCAUUCAGCUGGCGUAUACACAGGCUGUCCAGCAUGACAGUUCUGAUCAACUCGAAGACUUAUCCCCGCCGUCGUCAGUGAGG